CUUUUGUUGCUAUUUUGGAGAUAAAAAACACAACGAAGGAAAAAAGAGAAGACUUUGAACACCGAAUGAGAAAGUAGUUGCUUUACAUUUUGCAACCCUUUGCCACUCUCUGUAAGAACAGAAUUACAAGGAGGCGAUUAGUAUAAUAGUGAAAAGGCGGGGACGAUAGCUAAGCAAGUGUACAAAACUGAGAGGCUCCCUCCACCAAUCAAACAACAAACACAAAACCCUAACGAUUAAUUGCAUGCUACCUCACACAAAUUGAAAUGGCAUCUCUUCGCCGCCUCCUCCCCCUCCGCUCUUCUCUUCUCAGUACUAGUUUUUCACCGGCUUUUCGACAAGGGUUUGGCGGUAGCUGUAGGAGUUACAAUGCUGGUAUAACAUCCACUGAAGGAUUAGUCAAAUUGGUAGACGAAGCCCAGUUACCUGAUGCAGAUACUGCUGCUUUCGAGGAGAAGGUGGCUAGAAUUCGCCAGGAAUUUGAUGCUGCAAAGAAGAUGUUUUUGAAAAUUCCGGACGCUCUCAAAGAAAUGCCCAAAAUGGAUCCCGAAGGUAUAUAUGUCAAUAAGAACAUGAGAUUGGACAACAUACAAGUUUGCGGGUUUGACUAUGAUUAUACACUGGCACAUUAUUCCGAUAACCUGCAGAGUUUGAUUUACAACCUUGCAAAAGAGCAUUUGGUUAAUGAGCUGAAGUAUCCUGCUAGUUGCUUGGAAUUCAAAUAUGACAAUACCUUUCCAAUCAGAGGGUUAUAUUAUGACAAAUCAAAAGGGUGUCUCUUGAAGUUAGAUUUUUUUGGAUCUAUCGAGCCUGAGGGAUGCUACUUUGGUCGGCGAAAGCUUGGCCUAAAGGAAAUAGAAGAAAUAUAUGGCACCCGGCAUAUUGGUCGUGAUCAAGCACGAGGGCUUGUUGGGUUGAUGGAUUUUUUCUGCUUUAGUGAGGCAUGCUUGAUUGCUGAUAUUGUCGAACACUUUGUUGAUGCUCAGCUGGAAUUUGAUGCUAGCUAUGUUUAUGAGGAUGUAAAUCGCUCAAUUCAGCAUGUUCAUCGAAGUGGUUUGGUUCAUAGAGGAAUUCUAUCUGAUCCCCAAAGAUACCUUGUAAAAAAUGGCCAGCUUCUGCAAUUUCUAAGAAUGCUAAAGGAGCAAGGGAAGAAGCUUUUCUUGAUGACUAACUCUCCAUAUUAUUUUGUUGAUGGAGGAAUGCGCUUUAUGUUGGAGGAAUCCCUGGGCAAGCAAGACUCGUGGAGGGAGCUUUUUGAUGUUGUGAUUGCAAAAGCCAACAAACCUGACUUCUACACGUCUGAGCAUCCAUUCCGUUGUUAUGAUGUUGAGAAGGACACUUUGGGUUUCUCGAAGGUGGAUGCUUUCCUACCAAAUAAAAUCUAUUACCAUGGAUGCCUCAAAAGUUUCUUGCAAAUCACAAAGUGGAAAGGUCCAGAGGUGAUUUACUUCGGGGAUCACCUUUUCAGCGACCUAAGAGGACCUUCCAAGGCUGGAUGGCGCACUGCUGCAAUAAUCCAUGAACUAGAAAAUGAGAUACGCAUACAGAACGGGGACAGUUACCGAUUUGAACAGGCAAAGUUUCAUAUAAUACAAGAACUUCUUGGUAAGUUGCACGGUACAAUGUAUUCUUAUCAGAAGAGUAAAGCAUACAUAUCUCUCUUUGAGGAACUAAAUCAAGAGAGGCAGAAGGCACGUUGCACUAUGAAAGGCAUGUUCAAUAGAUCUUUCGGAGCUACUUUCCUGACUGACACAGGUCAAGAAUCUGCCUUUGCUUAUCACAUCCAUCAAUACGCUGAUGUUUAUACCAGCAAGCCAGAGAACUUUUUGCACUGUCCGCCUGAGAUGUGGUUUUAUGUACCAUAUGAUAUAAAAAUCAUGCCGCACCAUGUGAAGGUCCCUUCAAGCUUGUUCAAGAUUCACUAGUAUCAAACCAGGAAAGUGCAGGUGGGAAGAACAGAGUGAGAUACGCAAGGCUGAAUUACCUCGGUGGUUCUUGUAUUGAAUUUUCGGAGAGAGAAGCCUAACCCUCUAUGCCAGAGGAAGAAACCCGAAAAUCUUAAUCUUCAAUGGUCAAGGGGAAAAGAUGUGAUGACUAUAUGAAUCUCCACCAUCCUCUAAACCUGUAAAUCUUAGCUUUAUUCUUUCAUUCACAGAAUAAGAUCUCCUAUUCAUGAGGUGUACAAAUAAUUAUUUUUACUCUUGUAGUGGAUAGCUAGCGUAUUAGCAUUCACAACUUUCUUCUUGAUGAGUAGUUCUAACUUAAAAAUAAGUAUAUUGCAUUAUGCGGAUCCUAUUUUGGGGAUUCCUGAAACAGUAAAUUAUACUGAAGCCCAAAAUCGGGUUCCCAGGUUGUAUUGUUAUUAUUAUUAUUUUGAUAGAACGUAUUGCUAUACAACACUUUUGAGCUGAAAUAAGUUUUCGUUAGUGA